GAGUUUGAGCGUUCAUGGCAACGCGACGCUUCCGCCUUCUGGAAGCCUUGGCUCCAGCUCGCGCAGGGACCAUGCCUCUGGAGGUGGUGGUGGAACUCCAGAUCCGGGCGAUUUCUUGUCCAGGAGUGUUCCUUCCCGACAAGCAAGAUGUGUACCUUGGGGUGUACCUCCUGAAUCAGUACCUGGAGACAGACUGCUUUCCCUCUGUGUUCCCUAUUAUGAUUCAGCAGAGCAUGAGGUUUGAAAAGGUAUUUGAAAAUGCAAUAGAUCCUGGGGCUGUAGCAGAAAUUUUAGAAAGCUUCCUAACCAGGUUUGAAUUAAUACAGCUAGUAUCUCCAGCAUGGGAAGAGUUGGCCUGCUAUGAAGAAAACACACGAGAUUUUCUUUUCCCUGAGCCCAAGCUGACACCUUCGCUCCCUGGCAUGUACAGGCAGGUGCUCAUGAAGACAUUUGCAGGUUUUCCAGGCAUUGCUCCCAAAAUAGAGUUUUCCACACGGACAGCCAUCAGAGAACGCGUGUUCCUGCAUAGAAACAGGUUUCUUGAAGAAAGAGAGAAGUCAAGAAGGCCUUUAUCUACAUCAGAUGGGCCCAGAUCCCCCUUAAAUAACGUGAGGAUGAGGCCAAAGGACAGUAAGGUCGAAAGCACGCAAUCCUGGGCCCCUUCGCCCUGCUCCCCCAGGUGCUUCGUUCAGGACCAGCCCACUCCACCGAGCUUUGGAAAUAAUUUCAGAAUCUCCGGGGAAAGCAAACCUCCAUUUGUAGUUAGACACGUGGACAGUGCGAAGCCUUUUGGUGACAAUAUUUCAGAGCUUCAGCCCCGGAAGUCUAGGACAAAACCUAAGUUUUCAAACUUACCUUUUCCAGGGAGAAGAGCUUCUUCUUUUGACAGCUUUGCUGCUAACAUAAAGGUUAUCAAAGAGCCAGAUGAACGCAUUGUUUUAAGGAAAGAAUCACCAUCACCUUUAGAUUCAAGUCAGUUUGGAAAACCGUCGCCCAGUUAUGGUAACCAAGGGGACGCCGAUUUCCACCGGGAAGCCUCAUUUGCCACCUACCAGCCUUCCAGAUCUCCUAGCCCUCUUCUGGAUCAGCCCCUUCUCCGAGAAAGAUUCCACCUUUAUUCUCAGUCCACUUGGAGGAAGAUCCACGAGAGGGUGUACGGUCUUCUGACAUCCCACAGAGCUCAGCAACACCUAAACAAGGUUUGUUUUUGUUACAGGAAUAUACUAUCUCUGAAACAAAGUAUAUCCUGGAAAGACCAAGUUACCCGCUGAAGAAAUACCCAGUGCAGGAACAGAGAUACUUUUAAGUGGCUGUCUUACGACCACGUGCCGUGCGCGACGUUGCCGGUUUCACAGGGGAAACUGGAGGAGCAUCGCGAAGAACUCACUCAUCGAGUCAACUGACACAUCCUUUGAGAAAUGAACAAGUUUUUGUUAUGUGCGUGGAAUCACCAGUGUCUCACCCCCUUUACACCAAACCCUGUACUCACUCAGUCUUCUGUACCUAGGUCAGAGUCGUUGAUUAAAGUGUUUCCAGUGUGGGGCUCGUAUUUCCUUGUCAAGCUGGAAACUUUUUGAUA